CAACAAGCAUAAUGAAUAUAAGAAUGUGCUACGGUAGCAUGCUGAAUUCCAGACAAACCCAAGAAUUCCAUACAGCUGGGGAAGGAGGCCCAACUCCUGAGAUAGUCUUAGAAGCAGAACUGAUAGAUCUCAGGGAAAGUGAUGAAAUAGUUGACCUCACCUGUGAAUCCCUAGAACCUACAGUGAUUGACCUAACUUGCCAUGACUCUGUUGUGAUUACUGAAGAAAGGAGGUGGCCAGGGGGAAAUACAAGGUCACCCCAAGGCCAAAUUGGCAGCUAUGUGGUGAGCAGUGAUAAGGAGGAGUUGAUGAGAAACAGAGAUGUGUAUGUAACCAACAGUACCUGUCAUAAUGCCCUGGAAGAAGAAACUUUAAGUUGCACACUACCUGGCUAUAUCCAGUGUCGAAUUUGUAUGGAUGGGUACUGGGAGAUUGAACUGAGUAGGCGACACAUUUACUCUACAGAAUGUGGCCACAUCUUCUGUAGUCGGUGCCUCUGCACUUCCCUUAAAUAUAAUAAAAAAUGCCCAGUUUGUUUGAAAAAACUCAACUGCUAUCAGUACCACCGCAUUUAUAUAUGAAGUGUGCUGUGUCAUUCAGGACAGAUAGAACCCUUGGCACGGAAACGUCCUCGUGCAGAAACUAUGGGUUGUUGGCAUCCAAUACACUGGACUCAAAAAGGCUGCUUUUAAAAAUUGUUCUCUGGAGUAUAUAAAAAACUCUUUCAUUUCUCACACACUAUAAGACUGCUUUUUGAUUUCUUUAGUUUCAUGCUUCAGGGCUGGACUUUGGUUGUCAUAUUGUGCCAGAGACUAGUGGUUGUCCUCAAAGCAAUUUUUCCUUUUUUCUUAUAGUAAUCAAUUUACAAUCAAUUUUUCGUUGACCACACAUGGGCAUUUUGGAUCAUCUAAAUAGGGCAACAUCCUAGAGAUAGUGGAGCAAGUGGAUGGAAGGAAUCUGGGAGACUGACAACUUUGCAAGUCAGAGCCACCAUACAAAUUUGAACUUUUACUUGAGAGAUAAAUAAACAU